AUGGAGUGGUCUCACGACGACGAGCGCGGCUCAGCCGUUAUCGCUUCAGGUUCUAGUGCUCCAAGCGACGUCACUGAAGUGGCUAGCGCACUUCUGGGUCUUAAUCGAGCUGCACCAGGUAGCUUUACCUUUCACAAAAGAGAAAGAAAUUGAAAGAAGAAAAAAUAUAUGACUUGGUUUUGUAUUGUGGAAAAGUUGUACACUUCUGCUCCAGUAAACACGUCAACAUUUUUUGGUAAGACGGCAUUCAAUUCGAAGAAAAAAAGGGGAAAAGAAGACGGCACGUUAGUCAUUACUUGAGAAACGUUUUGGCGGUGCACCUUUUCUUGCCAAGAAUGUGUGCGUAUGUGUAGGCGGCACGUGGCUCUUCUCUUUCUUUCUUAUUUUUCUGUUAAAUAUUUUUGUAAAAAAAUAUGGGCUUUGGUCCGUUAAAGAGCUCUAUUAGUGUCGGAUUGAUGGACAGAACAAUAUAACUUGAGAAAGUUCAUCCCCCUUUUAAGUGGAACUACGACACUAUAGUAGGAUUCCUGGUACAUUCAGAACCUUAGAAAUUUUCAACAGUGUGAAAAAACUGCCGCUUCUGCGAUCACCAAGUAUUACUCAGAAAAACCCUUUUCUUGUUUUUUUUUUACAUGAGAUAUCGGCUUAUUUUUAGCAAUAUUUGGUCUGAGAUAUUCACUCAAACUCAGGAAAGUUACACCAGAGGCUUCGAUGAAAGUAUAAACAUUUUAUUUAAAUUAAUAACACAGGGAAGUGGUCUUCAAAAAAAGUGUGAACUAUUCUCUUUUCACUACAAAAAGGCACCUAAUGUUUAUUCAUAAGUUUAUGCAUGCGACGUUCUUUUGCAACGGCAACGCGUAAGUCGUUUCUAGUCGGGUAAAAAAAAAGUUGGCACGACUCGAAAUAGUCGCAUUGGAAUUGAUGCACAUCUAGCCACAUGCAACCAGGUUAUUUGAAAUUAUGCUUCUGCUUCAAAAAGUCCUAUCGACACGUAGAAUGAUUCAAAGAGUCUCUGAUGAGAGUUGAACAUUCUCCUACUCACCUUAAAGAUUUUUUAUAGGACCAGGUCAAGCUAAUGAAAUAAAACACGUCUCACUGGCGCUCAAACUUGAUAUUUUGACCAUUGACGUCGUCGGAUUAUUAUUUUUUUGCUGUACUUCCGUCAUAGCGGCUUUUGCAGGAAAAAGUGCGCAGAAGCCUUAUCACAUUAGCCCAAUUUAGGUGGCGCUUACCAACAACAAUCGCCAGGAAUGCUUUUUUUCAGAGAUUUCUGAGAACUUCAUGACCUUUUGACAUGUUCGCUUUGUAUUUUCUUAAGAGUCUUACAAAAUUUUACUUUCAUUCAAAGUUUCUUUGGUGGUUUUGCAAAAGCAGAAAAAAUACAAAAACCAUUUGUUGGACUAGAUGCAGUUCACGCCUUUCCUCAUUAUUCUCACGAUCACUCUUUGAACUGAAAAAAACGUCGAGCUUUUUGGAAUGACCCAUUACGAGAGAGUUUAAAGAAGUACCAAACGAAGUAUCUCUGAAGCCUUUGAUUCAAAAAAAAAGAGUUUCAAAAAAGUAACAGAACGAAGCCCAGCGGUGACCGUAGUAUUUCGGGGAAUGUUCAAAAGCAAUCAAGGCCAAUUGAGAAAUACGCUGAAAAUGUUGUGGAAAUGAAACCUGGCAAGGGAAGUGACUUCACGUACGUGCAGAAGCCUUAGAAAUCACGUUGACGUCGACGCCUUAUCCUAUCAAGCGGCCUUUUUUGCAGGUUCGCUGUUCGCACGAGCCGCCGAGCAGUCAUUCAUGCCGAAUUCGGCACCUCCGAGGAUUCCUAGCGUCGGACAGUCUUCCAUGUUCCAGCCGAAGAUCAACCCCAUCUCAGCUCCGGCUAACAUCCGUCCAGAAGAACAGAACUUCGAUUCGUUUCGGGUGCGUUUUUUAAGCCAUUUCUUGAAGCGAAUCUUUGGGUUAAAAUUUGAACUCGGAACACCGAUAAAUUUCAAUCAAUCUAUUUGUGGAAUAUUAUCUACCAAUUUUAAUUGACAAUAAGCUUUUACCAGAACUUGACAAAUAUAAAAACAAUGAACUGGUUUCCCAAAAAAACUAAAACUUUUCAUUUGUUUCACAAAAAUUUUUUCCACAAUUCAAACUCCUCAAUUCGAGAAAUGAUUUUCCGGAAAAAAAAAACUAAUGGUUUAUUUAUUUGCACUUACUUGCGCUUCAGAUAUUUUUUUCUACAUUACGCAGAUUAGGCAACGUCAAAUGAUAUUUUGAUGAUUUGAAUACGAUUACAUUUCAAAAAUCAACUAAGCUCGGAAAAAAAUCCCUGCCUUCGGCCAAAUCCUAAUCCAAAAAAGAGAAGAAAUCUUUGAUCAAAACAAAAAUCUUCAAAGUUGCAUUUUUUUAAGCUAUUCUGAAAAAUUUUUUUCUUUUUCUUUGUCCUUGUCAAAUGCGAUAGAUUUUUAGAAUUUCCGAUGAAAUUAUUCAAGAAUAACUGGAAAAUAGUCGUUUUGCAGAGGAGCAUGAAUAAUUAAAGCCAAAGUAUUUUCGAAACUUUCUCAUUUGGGAAAGAGUUAAUUUUUUUCAAAAAAAGCUUCCAAAUGCUAAAAUAUAAUUUAUUCUGAAUGAAUAAUUUUUUUCCGUUGCAAAAAAAUAUCAGAAUUCCUUGGCUUACCGUAACUCGAGCUUAAUCAGGAAGCACGACACGUUUUUUCCAGGUCUAAAAUUAAAAACACAAAGGACGAGCGGAAAACCUACAUAAAAGGGUACAAUGGCUUAAUUUUUCGCAUAUUCUCGCUCUUAUUUCUAUCAAACGCAGUCAUUUCGGCUGUCGAAAGAAAUUUGAUAGGCAAAUGUCCAGGGCGCGAAAAAUUCCUCUUUUUCGUCUGAAUAUCGCGUUUUUUUCGCUUUUUGGAGGUCCGUAAUGACGUUGGCGAACAUAUCUGCUUUCAGUAGAGCCGUUUGAAUAGUUUCGGUGAAAAAAAGUGGCCGAAAAAUCAUCGCGUGUUUAAAAGAGUUGAAGAGACCACCUCGACUCUGUUUAGGCUUGUUAUUUUUUUCGAACAUUCACUAGAAAGAGAGGCAAAAACACCGGCAUUGUGUUGUAUGAAUCCGUGUGUGAUUACAAACGCUUGCAAAAAAGUGUCUGCCGGUGUGAAUACUCUAAUUCCGGAAAUCGCGCCUCUGUAUUGAGCUUCUCUAUCCAUUUAACCCAAAUUUCAUGCCGACACUUCCGGCUCAAUCUUAAUUCUUCAUGAACUUUGUUUGAGCUCAGUUUUGAAAAAUUUUCGUGGAGAUUUUUUCCGGUUUUUCUGACUAUCCAUUCUAUCUCAGCUUUUUGAGUUUGAUUAGGUUUGAAAUCUGAAUUUCACAAAAAAUUCUUUCCAACCUUUAUUUUCUAAGCUCCAGUCAAGAAGUUUUUUUUUCAGAGACCUCAGAUACGAUAAAAAAGAACUCCGUUAUGCUCAAAUUAUUCCUUUUCUACAACUCGAAAAAAUUCAUUCAUGCACCGUGAAACUAUCAACUUGCGCAAAUCGUUUUUUUUUUCAUAGACUAUAGGCUUCAAGCUCAAAAUAGUCAACAAAAGCCGAAAAAAGACAACUUCGAGAAACAACUUUCUCUUUUAACUUCAACCUGAAGCUUGAAAAUAUAGUUCUUCAUCCCCCUUUUUGCCAUAAUUGGUUAAUAUAUUCAGCUCAAAGCCGAGAAUUGGAGAUAUUUGGUCUGUUAGCUAACUUUAAUUUUAUAACCACAACUUCUGGACCGCCUGUCGAGCUUAGGGCGUGUAUCAAGCAGCAAAUCUUCAGAUUAGUUACAUCCCCAUAAACUGUUCUAGUAUCUUCCAUGUUAUCUCCAACGCCUCUCAAACUAUUCAAUCCCUUUCAAUCCUUCCGACCUCCACUUCUAUUUCAUAAUUUUUGGCUAGCCUGGUCGACUUGGUCUUUGUACGCUCUAGACAAAUAAAAAACGGCAAAAACUUUGCGAGGGGCAUUUUUUCAAAUCAAUAGGUUGAUUUACAACUGUUCAAACAGUUUCAAAAUGCCAAUUUUUUGCCCAAAACUGUUCGUGGACUUCAUUUAUCUUUCUUUUUUAUUGGAAAUUGUGGAAAAGUCUCAUUACAGGCCGAGCGAGCUCAACAAGCGUUCCUCACAAUGAGCAACCUGCGUUUCGACAACGCGUACGCGCAGAUGCAGCAGCUUCUGCCAUCUCUGAUGCCGCCGCCAGGGGCCAGAAGACGUUUGGAUGACGUCACUUCGGUCUCUUCAACUUCAACUCAUCCGUUCGGCUCUCCGAUUCUCUCUCAGAACAACCUCUUCCAACUGAACCCGGCAAUCUUGUCACACAUCACGGCGCCUCUUCUCCAGCAGCAGGUACUUCAAACUUUCCAGAUAACAAGAAAAAAGAAGUACCUUAUGAGUUCAUCAUACGAACUAAGUCCGAAAAAUUAUUUUUUUAACUCUUCCCAUCAGAGAGCCAAAGAGGCUUAUUUUUUUAUUAAAAAUUACAUUUCUUUCAAUGAGAAAAAUAAUUAGAGUAAAGGGUGUUUUGUUGAAAGUUUUUUUGUGCUUCAAAGAAUUUUACAAGAGAUAAUUUACCAUUGUAAAAACCUUCAUCCUUCUAAUCUGACUUCGAUGAUGUCCUUACAGGCUCAAAUUCUUCAACAACAGUUGGCAGCCCAACAGCAGGCCAACAAUAAUAACAUCAAAGCCUUGAAAAAAGAGCCUGAGGAGGAGGAGGAAGUUCGCCGAUCUGAGGGCGAAGAAGCUGAACAGGAGCAGGAAGACGAGGAUGACAGUUAGUUGACUCAUCUAACGAAUAAAUUUACUGAGCUUUUUUAUUCUUAGUUAUGAGUUAGAAAAAGAACUUAACUUUAAAGUUCCAGUAAAGUAUUUAGUGGGACUACGGCUUGAGUUUUCGGGAAAAUUCGCUUUCUAGGUACCGAGGUAUGAAUAAGAGGAGCCAAAGAUCUCUUUUCUUUCUGCCUCAUUUUCUGUCAAAAACACGCAAAGUACAAUUUAGAGUCAGACCCACUCAAAAAAAAAAAAAGCAGCUCAAAAAGCGGGUCACUACAAAAACAUGUUAUGAAAGGAAACGGUCGCGAUUUACAGACGUGAGCGUGUGUCAAAAAAUGGAAGAACCUGACGAUGAUGACGAUUCGACCAAUGGAAAUGCGGGCGCUGGCGCCUCUUCCUCCUCCAGUAAUCCACACGGGUCUAGCUCAAGUGCGUGCAAAACUUGAAAAAAAAGCAUAACUUUCGCCGAAAAAAACAAAAAAAGAAAACAAAAUGGAAACGGAUCGUGUAAAUUUUGCUCUUUUGUCUGUCAUAAAAAGAUAGUAUCCGAUUAAAGCUUUGUAAAAAAUGUAAAAAAAUGACUGUAUGUAGUUUGAUCACGAAACCACCGGAUAAUGUUUUUUUCGGCAGUGUAAUAAGGUUUUCGCACUUCUCUACGCAAUCUGGCAGUCAAUAAAAACUUAAUAAAUAGAAUUUUUGUUCACAAAAUUGAAGACAAUCGAUCGAUAUCCAGUUUCUACAAUUAGUUUUGUUGUACAAAAACAGUUCGAAAAAUAUUUGAAUUCUAUUUAGAACUAGUUUUAAAAAGUCCAAAAAAAUUGAAAUAUUAAUUUUUGAGAAGUGAUAAAACCACAAGGAAAGAAAGAAAAAAAUAAUUUUGUAAAGUUUAAGCAUUUUUGACCCUUAGUUUAAAAAUCCCUUUCUCUUUUUCUUAGAAUUUAAGAGAAAGAACUUUUUUUAAUCUGUCCAAAAGCGCAUCUUUUAUUCAUUGACGCUCUUAGUACAGAUUAAAGUUUUAGAUUUUCAAAUUAAUGGAGGAAGUGGCGGAUCGUCGAGUGGAGGCGUGACUUCCUCCGGUGCUGGGAAUCCGACCACGCCCGGCGAUAAAAUGGGUAAGUUUCCAAAAUUAGGCUUAAUUUCUUAGAAAGUUACCAAGUUUAAAAUAAGGCCUAAAGUUCUGAUAACUCAGUUUGUGUAUAUUUUGGGUAGGACUUUUCAUUAAAGUGACCUUGUGGACAUCAAAACUGAAAAAUAUCAAAACUCACUUCGAAAUUGUUCAAAAAUGAUUUAUCCAGCCGCUACCGAAAUCAGCCACGAGCUGCGCAUCCAAACUCAAGGCUUAAUGUCCUACGACCAGCUUAUGUCAUCUCAACAGGUUUGCAAUACUCACUCGGACUUUUUAAAUGAAGUAUUAUCUCAGAACACCAACACAACGAUAAGCUCCGAUCUGCAGCUCACAAACAAUGUUUUUGGUGGGUUCUUUGUCAUAUUGGAGUCUAUCCGUCUAUUGCGCACUUUUUCAUAUUUCGCAAUCAUGAAUGACUACAUUUCGUAGAUGAUAACAUGUGCUUUUCAAUUCAAAUUGACGCGGGCUACAACCCGGUUUGAGGGUGGAUAAAAGCUAGUAGAAAUUGCAGCUGAGCCGAAGUUUGACCUACUUGGAGGACAACAAAGCAAACCGGCGAUGGCUACGAGUUCGGCGUCUUCCAGAGAUCCUAAUUCGCUCAUGGCAACUCUUGGGAUCGAGAAAGACAACGUUGGCAAGAAGAAGAGCAAGGCUCGCAAUACGGUUAGUUCAAAGUUUUAGUUAAAUAUUUGUAAGAUGUACAAUGAAUCUUGCCUGCAGUCGGUUUGCCACAGUGUUUUGUAAAAUAAAAAAAAAACCUCUGCACUGCGACUGAGAAUUGGGGAUUUUGCGUUUUUCGGAUUCAUAAAUGCUUCAUAGGGAUCUUGAUCCCUCACCUGAACUUAUUCACGUAACAGAAAGGAUGAAAAAGCUUGCUCCUAUCCUUAGAUGUUGCAAAAAAAGUAUUGUGAAAUGAAAAGUGAACAAGUUAUGUUCAGAACCCUGACCACAUCCGUCGUCCUAUGAACGCCUUCAUGAUAUUCUCGAAGCGUCAUCGUCCACUUGUUCACCAGAAAUAUCCAAACCGAGACAAUCGCACCGUCUCUAAAAUCCUCGGUGAAUGGUGGUACGCUCUGGGAACCGACGAGAAGGCUGAAUAUCACAAGCUUGCGACUCAGGUUCGCCUAAACGCCGAAAAAACAAAUUCACUUUCCAAAUUCAAGGUAAAGGAAGCUCACUUCAAAGCGCACCCAGAAUGGAAAUGGAGCAACAAGGAGAAGAAGAGGACCGACUCUACCGCUUCAACUCCAGCCGUUUGCACUCCGAACAAGUCUACGGUAGUUUGAGAAAAAGUUUCCAAGAAACAAGAGUUUUUUCUCAGGUUUUCGAUUUCGAAAUGGGAAAUGCGGACGAUUUGGCUCGGGCCUGUAUGGACGGAUCUGCUCUUUUGAGCCCAAUCACUCCGUUGACUCCGAUGACUCCAAUGACUCCAGUGGUGAGAAAAUCUAAACUUUAUUCCUUCGAAAAAUUAAAUGCACUCAGCUCAAUGAAAAAUGUCUACAAGAUUUGAAAAAACAAAAUUCAGACCGGUUUCCGUCCAUUCAUCCGACCGGAACAACAGGCCGCUGGUCUCCGCGCUUCUCCCGGAGAUUUCGGCGCUUCGAUGGGUCUUCCAAGCCCGGCUCUUGUCAACGGCCUCUCGGCCUUCUUGCCUCCCAACGUCGGCCUUCCUUCGUCUUCUCAGCUCAAUGCUGCUUUCGAUGUCAAUGCACUUCACAGAGCUACCCUAACUGCACAGGUUGGUCGUUUUUUAGCGAAUAAAAAAGAUGCAUGGCUAUUUGGGAAUGCUUGACUCGCAAAUCUGAAAAGAGAUUGGAAGAGAGAAGAUGUUCUUGUGCAUGUUUGAUUUUUCAAAUUCUUGAUAUUCUCGAAAAAAACUGCUCCAUUGGUCAGAGAAAGACCGAAUGGUUGAGAAAAUUGGCAAAAUCGAAUGUUCUUAAAAUAAGAGGCCAAGCAACAUGAGCACCUGCACAUGGAUAUUCAAAAAACUUGAAAAGUCAACGAAGCUAUUAAUAAAAAGGCCAAAAUUAUUUUCAUUAACAACUAUGGGAAAAUGUUUGGUGUAUAGCGUUGGAUUUCGAACCAUUUUCUGAGUUAAGAAAGUUUUUUUGUGUAUGCCGUUGCCCACCCCCAAUGGAAAUAACGCUUUAACCUUGCUUCCUGUAGCUGUCCAACCUGCUCGUCUCGUCCGCAAUGGGGUUUUCAACGCAAUCGCCAGCUCAAAACGUCCUCCCAGCUGAUUUUACGGCUUCGAACCCAAUGUUUCACCGUUCUCCGCAACCGAUGCUUCAGCCUAGUCGUGUGAUGGUCAGUACUACGCUUCGCCUAAUAUGGAAGGUCCUCGAACCCGGAGCUUUGUAAUUCGCAGAUUUGGCUGAAAAUUCUUUACUGAAUCUGAAGGAGCUUUCUGAAACUAGGAAUUUUUUGAAUUAUGAGAAUAAACGCGUAAAAACCCCAAUGCGAUGAAAAAUGAGCUCUGAAAAACUAUUUUUGAAAAAUGAGUAGUUCUACAAAGCUGUAUAGAACUAUACUCACUCCAUCAGAGGAAAUUUUGGCCUUUUUUGGAAUUUCCAAGGUUCCGCGUAGAUUUCGCCUUCCUGAAAAGUUUUUCUGAGUUGAUUCUCCCAAAACUUGCUGUGUUAGAAGCCAGAUUUUUUCAACAACAAAACGGCUUGAUUUGACAUUUUAACAACACCGGAGUGACAAUUACAGCCGAACUACACCAACUUCUUCGAACAACAGGCGGCGAUUGCCAACGCAAUCCACGCCUUGUCGCCUCACAGCCAUUUGAUGCCUGUGAACCGCGUCGCGCCGAUCUGCUCCUUGUUGACAAAUGUGAAUUUUUGACCCCCCAUCGCUAAUCGACUAACCUGAUAUUUAUGUUAUCAAAGUUUAUGGAAAUUCAGCAAAGAAAAAUCAAGAUGAAAAGAUUUUCUAAAAAGUAUAAAAAUCGUAAGAAGUACUUUGAAUUAAUGCAAGAGAGUGGACAAAAAAAACUUGAGAAUUAACUCAUAAAAGUGAGUUUGAAAAACUCCGAUUAGAAAACCAAAAAAAAGCGCAGCCAGAACGCCUCUUUGGUUUUGAGAAAUGCUUUUUAUCUGCCCAAAAGUCUGCGCUCUCUUAACUCUACCUUCCCUUUUUUACCGCACCUAUAUUUUCUUUGACAUCACAGGUAGAGAAAAUAAGAAUACAGAAACAUCAAUUUUUCUCAAAAAAAAAUUUAACGAUCAAGUUACUUUUUAUUACUUUAUUUGAAAACCGAAAGUUUGAAGAAAACUUGAGUUUCUUGAACUAACUGUUCAAACUCUUUCAAACCUGAAAACUUCAUUUCUGAGCUGAAUAUCUAUAAACCCAAUUUUUUUGUUCAUUUAUUUUGAUUUCUUUUUAGUUACUUACCCUUCUUUUUCAGACGACUCCACUGACCAGACCUUUGCCCAGCGAAGAAACACAAUCUCAUCCAUCAAAAGUAUGCCCGAGAAUGUUCUAACAUGUAAAUAUAAUAAAAUUUUGAAGAGCUUGGGAAACACGAUUGAAGAAGAGCAAGUUGGAAUUCCGCUGUUGCAAAAGAGAAUGGAGAGCAUUUCGGUUUCGUCGGAGCAAGAGUAUGUUGGCGAAAGAAGGAGCUUGAAAUAAUUCGAUUAUUAAAGGGUUGAUGUGGAGGAUGAAGCUGAGGAAACGACGGAUUUGGAUGUCUCGAGUAUCGAUGAGGAGCCAGAAGAUACUCUGGCGCAAAAGCCAUUCAUUCUGCAGCCCACACCAGCUCAGCUUGGAAUGGCUCGAGGUCGGUGAAACUGUGAACUUCUCAGAAAAAAUGUUGAACUUCAGGCAAAAAACGAGUGACGUCAUCUGUGUCGAUGGAGAUUGACGUGGAGACUGUCGACUCGGUGACCGAUGAACCGACUCCGAAGCUUUUCAAAAGAGAUGAUGCUACCAUGGAUAGGUAGAGAUAAUCAACUUGAUGAAAAAAUGGUGGUGUUUGGAAUGGCUAGAGAAAGUUGAAAAGAAGUUUUAUUCUAGCUUUGCGUCUUUUCAGAGCAAUCACAAUUCUAAAGAAGCAGAAAAAACUUUACUAAUGUAAGACAUAUUUUCAAUUACCAAUAACUUUUUUAGAACAGGAGAAAAUUGAAAUUAUUCAAAUUUCGAAAUAAUUCCUUUUAUCAAAAAGUUCGGAUUCCUUCAUGAGGAGCAUCUGAUCCAAAAAAAACCCUGAGCCAUUCAAAACUCUGCCAGUUUUGAAAAAAAGUUCAUCCAAUUUGUUUAGACUUCUGGAGGAAGUUGGCUUCACCCAAAAAUUUGCGAUGCUUCCUGAAUUUGUUCCAUCCGCGGAGCUCUCGGUAAGAAUUUCAACAACCUUCUCACUUCGAAAAAUUUCUGCAGACCUCUGUCAGUCUGCCAGCCACUCCAAUGUACAUGGCUCGCACCAUGUCGGUUCCUCAAUCGGCACUUCCAACCGUUGGAGAAGUAUCACCCUCUUCAGCUUCUUUCCAGUCUCCGCUAUCCAAUCCUGGCACAGCUCCGCCGCAUGUUUUUUUUGGGGCCAAUUUCAAUCCUGAAGUUGUCUUCGAACAAGUGAGUUCGAUCUCUUUUAGUUGUUCGAAAAAAUCACCCCAAAUCUUCUCUUUUUUUCAUUUCAAAGUACAUUUUUUGCAGUCGGCCCCAAUGACUCCUGUUCCUCACGCGAGUGAGAAAGGUUCUAACAAGAAACUUCUCGAAAUUCGUCGCCUUUUCGUGACCAAAUUCUUGAAAGACGUCGGCUUGUUCCCAACAAGUAUUAUCGAAUUCUGUGUCGAAACUGAACAUUUAUUUUUUAGCUUUGGAGACGCACUCAUUCCAGCAGCGUAAUAAGACCAUUUUCCCAACAAAAGGCUGUCUCGUGCUCAAGAUCCGUGAAGUCCGACAGCGUAUGAUGGCCGCUAUCAAAGAAGCUGCUUUGAAUGGGAUCACCGAUGCUGGAAUGACUAAGGGUUAGUUGAACAAACUACUUUUGAUAAUCUUUGAAGAAGAAUGGACGGAUUUCAUAAAAAUCUCGGGAAUAUAUUUAUUUUUUCUUAAGUCAGUCCCUCCGUAAAAGCUUCCGCAAAACUCUUCGGCCAAACUUAUUAUUUUUACAAUUGACAAAAGAUAUGAUUUCAGGUGGCAGAAGAAGACUUCCAAAAAUCAAAAUCACUGCUGCAGUUGGCCCUUCGUCAACUUCAGCCUAA